UCCAAUUCCCCCUCCUCAAGGCCCCAACCAAAAACGGCGGUUUCGUCUUCCUCGCGCACAAGCAACAAGAGAUAGGAAGCACCAGAAGCCGGAGGGGAUCGGAGAACAAAGUGCCCAAGGUAGGAGUUUGGAGGAGUUUCGGAACGAGGAGAUGGACAAGAUCUUCGGCGAUCUAUCCAACUCCGAUGAAGAGGUCGAAGACCGAGCAAACGGUGGCCGUGAGGUCAGCGGUUUGAACGCCAACAAUCACGCCGGUGGUGAUAACGGCCACUGGAACCACAGCUGUCGCAGCCUUCGUCUAGCCCAUGCCACGACAAAGCACAAAUACAAGUCUAACAGCCGCCGCCUCCAUGGCAAUCGAUGGGAAGAUCGGAAACCUGGAAGCCACGGGCCUGCUGGUUUAGCCAAACAAAGUGUAGAUGAAGGUCAUCAUGUGGUACUUGGCUAUCAGAACAUGCGAGGCAACAAGGAAGUCAUGAAUGGUGAAAAGGAAGGAUGUCACCAAAGAACAGAAACCACUAGAACAAGGAUUGUUGCCUCUGAAUUCGAGGGGUCUAAAUACAAUUGCAACGUUGACCAAGAUCGUAAAGACGGAGAAGUGAAACGAACAAGAAAAAUAGGGCCAACAAAGGAUGUUCUUUGCGAUGUUGGUGGUAGUGAUGUGAAUGGACUCGCCUUAUAUGGUGAUACUGAAGAUGUAAAUAGAUUGCCUACCGAGGGAGAAGGCCAUUGUGCAAAUAUUUUACAACCAAUGGACGUAACUCGUGACAAAGAUAUGUGUUAUGAACAAGAGUCCAAACAUUGUCUAAUUAGUCCUCUGCUGAACUUGGUGGUUCCACAUAUACCACCAUCUGGUCAACCUGAUCGAUUAAAAGUGAUGAAGGUCUCAAAUGUCGUGGGGAUUAAUCCAAAACCUUUUGAUCCUGAAACAUACAUGGAAGAGGAUGACUUCGUUGCUCCACCGGCAAGAAAACUUGAAAGCAAUGCACGUUUUGUCCAGUGGAAAGAUGGAAGCAUGCAACUAUUGAUUGGCGAUGUGGCUCUUGAUGUAUCUGUAGAAGAGUCAAGUCAGCAUACCCACUUGUUUAGGAAGAAUGGAAAGGGGCUUCUACAGUCACAAGGAAGGCUUUUACAGAAGAUGAGAAUUAUGCCGCCCGAGUCAUUUUCAAGAUCUCAAAGGUCAUUAACAGCUCCUGUUGAUUCUCAGAAUAAGUAA